AUGCAUCGUAAAAGGCAUGAUUUAGAAAGAGAAAAACAUCAAGUACACAAAACUUUGUUAAUUCGAGGCGAGGAUGGUUUGAAUGCUUAUACAACAACAGGUUUACGUGGUAAUGGAGAUGUUGUCGUUGGCAGCGCUGGUGGUGCUUAUACAACAAUUAGACCAAAUAUGUAUCCAUUUCUUUUGUCUGGAGCUAAACCUGAUAAUGGGGUAUCAACUGUGCUACCAAAUGGUGGACUUCAAUCUUACCAUCAAAUGGUUCUAUCAUCUAAUACAAGUGCAGAAUCAUCACAAAGUUGUUCAAAUGACAAAAAUCCAAAUCAACAACAGCAGCAACACCAAACAUCAAAACCAGGCGUUGGUAUUAUGGUCGAUCAGUCGAAUACAAUUGCUAAUCGUCUAUCUGAUGGUACAACUGGUCCAAGUGAUGGGAUUACCUCUGAGACUGAAGCCUUCUGUGAUAAUAAAUUCGACGAUGAAAAUCAUCUACAUCGUCAUGUUCUAUACGAUCAUCACAAUCACUAUAGUCAACAACAACGUUCAUCUCUCCUUUCAUCAUUGUUGUGUAUGUCUAAGAUGAGAAGGCGUCGUAAACGAUGUUCAUCAUUUAGGGCGGAUAGAAAUAAGACAAUUUCGAAUAAUUCUACUACUACUAAUACUGCUGCUACAACAGCAAAUAUACAAGGAAAUAUCAACUGUAAAGAAAUUGAAAAUAAUACUCACAAUAACAAUAGUAAUCUAGCUCAUAAAGAAUUCUUUAAUGGUGUAAAAGACUUUCCUACAGUCGGACAGUUAGCUAGUAAAAGUCAACCUGGACAUGAUACAGGAUUAUGUUCGAAUGAUUUAUUGAAUGCCCACAUAAGAGGACAGACAUCUGUGCAGACAGCGAAUGGAUUACUGCAAAUCGACUUAUCUCAUGGUCAUCCAUCUAUGCUGAUUAAUGGACAACCUUUGAUACGAAUUCCAGCCUCAUCGAAUCCAACAAAUAUAACAGAUAAUUCUUGGCUUAUUCAUCAAACUGGUUACCGUAAUAACAAUGCAGUGGGUAUGAAUUUAAUGAAUACAGAACCGGGUGUCUAUACAACAGUCGGUGGCACCGAAUCCGAUAUAGACAGUAAUGCUGCUAGUACAAUGAGUCCUGAGUAUGCAUCUGCAAGUAUGGUUCAUGAUUAUCCUGGAUUAGCUGCUACACUAGCACAAUUAAAUCAACAAAGACUUGCUGCACUCGCUGCUAUGAAUAAUGUCCAAUCCAAUUUAUAUCCUUGUUCUAAUCUGUCAUCAAGUUCAUCGAUUAAUUUCAAUCUAUUUACAAAUCCACCAUUAAAUUCUCCAUUUGAUCAUAAUCUCAAUAGUAAUAUUGUUGGUCCCAAUACAUCUACCAAUAAUGCUACUUCUAACAAUAACAGUAACGCUUUUAUGAAUAACUUUUUAACAUCAGUGAAUACACUCCAGCAUCCAUUGUUAUUCUCUAAUCCACAUUCUCUGCAUGAUAUGAUGAUGUUGACGACAACAUCGACAACUGCAGUGCCUACAAAUCUGUUGAAUGGAGUACAAAGUUCAACUGGUAGCAAUAUUCUAUCGCAUAAUGGAUUUCUUGUUGACACAGACAGCAGCAGUAAUUAUGGUGCAGUUGAUAUUGAUCAAAAUAUACUCAAACAACAACAGCAACAACAGAGUCAACAGCAAAAUCAACAAAUCUAUGAAGCCUACAAUUUGCCUAGUCCUUCUGCACCGGUUUAUUAUCCUGCUCAUCAACAACAUCACCAGAUUAUGUCAUCUGCACCACCAUCAUCAAUGGGACAGUAUUUUCCAUGCGUUUCAUCAACACAACCAUUAGUAAUAUCGUCCAUAUCACAACAGCCAUUGGUGCCGUUAUCAGUUACGAAAGUUAGCAAUAAUAAUAAUACCAACAAUAACAGCAACAACAAUAUAGCUAAUAAUUCUACAUUGGUGGGAAGGGGGUUCGGUAAUAAUGAAUACAAAUCACCGAAACAAGAUGAUUUAGAUAUUGGACAGUUGAAACAUCGAUCAGAUAUGAACAAAACAGAUUUCAAUAGUAAAUCGACAUUGACAACAAAUUCAAAUUAUCGAGUUUCUGAUCAUAAUCCAUGGAUUAAAGCGAUAAAAUAUUUACUGAAUAAAGGAAGAAUAAUGGGCAAUCAAAACACUCAUAUUUCUGAUGAACUGACAGAUACUUCUGCAUUAUCGUCAAGGCGUACAUCGAACAAAAAUUUUGAUAAAAUUAUACCAAAUGAUAAUGUUCCCAGUUUAUCUCCUACGUUUUAUACUACUGAAAUAGGUGAUUUUGCCGGUUUCAGUAGUAACAGUAGCAAAAUUGAUAAUAAAUUUGAAAUUAAUUCAAACACGACAAUAACAGAGAAACACCACCUCGAAGAAGACGAUAUUUUCCGUCGUAAUAGUUUAAAAAAGAGUCCUGAUAAAUGGGAUAAUGAUGCCUUCAAUCUCUUUCAAAUCCCUGUUUCACCUCCAUUAAUGUCUACUACGAAUGACAAAUAUCAUGAUUUACAAUCUGAAGAUGAUGAUGACGAUGUUAAGUACACUGGUGAUUUUGGUGAAGAAAACGACGAUACAACCGAAGACAAAUCAAUAUUUCAGAAGCUAUCUGUAAAUUGGUUAGAUCUUAGUCAUCAAAAUGGUCCAGUGGGUGAUACAAAGAAUUGUCCGAUUCUAUCGAAUUCUGAAGUUUAUAAAUAUGAAAUCAGUAAUAUGAAGCAUUAUUUUAAUGAUAGGCAUGGAAUGGUUACAGUAAAUAUGCAUAAUAAAGCAGCUCCUCAACUCGGUUUUAAAAGAAAAUUGGAUGGUGCAUGGACUUAUACAGCUUACUUUCGUUCUGAUUCCUUUAAACCACCGAGUGAACAAAGUUUUAAUAAAUUAGUCAAACGAAUGCAGAGAUAUGCGUAUGGUUUAUCUCGAAUAAGUGGUGGAAAUCGAUACAAUAUCAUAAGAUGCCUUAAUGCUCUACCAGCUUUUGUUGAAGAACGUCUUAUAACAUCUUUAAAUAAAUAUUCAUUAAAAUGUUCUCCAGUUAUUCAUCGAACAUGA